UACCACAGCAGCAGGUCGGGUGCGUCCUCCGACCCAUCUUCCGAUUCCUGAGGGGAAAAAGAGGACGAAGAAAGAAGGCGGAGCCGCAUUUAUCUUUCUUGGCUUAAAGUAUAACCCCUGAAAUUAGCCCUCAUUCCCUCCGAACUGUAAGAGAUUUUCCAGAUCUGGAGGCUUUUGCUGUAAAUUAGGGCCUAUUUUGAGGUUUUCACUCCCUUCUCUCAGGUGUUGUUGUUCUAGGAAAAUGGCGAGCCAGUACUCAUUUUGGCAACUGGGAGAGGAGCUUCGAGGCCAGUCUAAGGCGACAGAGGAGCAUCAAUGGAUGAUGGUCGCAUCUAAACUUGCUGAGCAGUUGAGGUCCAAAGCCCCACGAAUCAACAACAUUGACCCCACCAAAGCCCCUGCAGAGCCAAGAGUCAAGGAGAAAUCCAAUUCUCAGGAUGAUAACAAAUUUGAGACCUUCAACUUUGACCUGAUGAAUUUGGAUUUGAAAAUGAAUGACGCCACUACCAAAAUCCCAUACCGAAAUGGAGGCUACAAUGUGAUCAAUUCUUAUCAGAAAAGCAACAUGACCAACAUCAACAAUGUCAAUGUUGCUGUCAAUAAUAUUAGCAAUUUUAACAGCACUAUUUCAACUGGUAAAUUAAACAUGAAUAUUAGCCACAAUGUGAACAACAAUAGCCAUAACAACAACAAUAACAGCAACAAUUGUGUCAUUAGUGGUAAUGGCAAUAGCAACAAUAGUGCUGUUGAUAAGCGAUUUAAAACUCUUCCUUCUACCGAGAUGCUACCACGAGAUGCAACUCUGGGGGGCUACAUAUUUGUGUGCAACAAUGACACCAUGCAGGAGGAUCUGAAGAAGCAGCUAUUUGGCUUGCCCCAAAGGUAUAGGGAUUCUGUGCGGGCAAUCACACCAGGAUUGCCACUCUUCCUCUAUAACUAUACCACUCAUCAGCUACAUGGGAUUUUUGAGGCUACAAGUUUCGGGGGGUCGAACAUUGACCCAACAGCUUGGGAAGACAAAAAAUGCAAAGGCGAAUCAAGGUUUCCUGCCCAGGUUAGGAUUCGUGUUCGAAAGCUUUGCAAAGCUUUGGACGAGGAUGCUUUUAGGCCAGUUCUGCAUCAUUAUGAUGGCCCCAAGUUCCGUCUUGAGCUUUCCAUACCAGAGACAUUGGCCUUGCUAGAUCUUUGUGAACAAAAUGGUGUGUGAUAUAUGAAAUACCAGAUUUGAGCUUGAGCAUCCUAGAAAAAGGAAAAAUCAAAUAAAGAAGAAAAAGAAGAAAGGGCAAGAAGGAAAUAGAUGUGGUUUCGGCUAAUGAAGCGUAAGCUUGUGGUCUAUGGAAGGCAAGCCUGAGACACAUAAAGCUGUGUUUCAGGUUUGCCGAAUAAUCCUCAUCACAAAAGAAGGAUAUUUAGGAAAAAGCAUGAUGGUGUGUUUCUAGUGUAGAAGUCGGUGGUGUUCCCAAAUGUGAUUAUUAUGUAUUGUAAUGGAUAGGCCCUUGUGGAAAAGUCCCCAUGUGGGUGUGUUGUGUUUGUAUUACUGCAAAAAGUUAUGGGAUUAUUCUGGUGUGAUAUGUGCCACACUUUGUAUUUCUAUCUAUCAUUUUUUGCUGGUC